AUGGCACCAGAUCCACAGAAACACAUCAAAAAUCACCUUUUACACACCAAAUCUUUGCCUGUUUCUGAAAUUUGGCUUUCUCAGUUUCUUUCUAGCCAGCGACCCGGAAUCACACCCCUCCCUGCUCUGACUCAAACUGCGUUGUUCCGGCUACUUGCCUCAGAUUUCACCAGGUCCCUUGAAAUUCCAGUUACAAACUCUAGUCAGGUGCUGCCUGCGGAUGUCUCUAAUCCAAAUAUCAAAGAGCGGCGUAUAUCAGGGCCCGUUCCUGUGCAGGUUCUUGACAUAGAAGACAUAGGAAGCAGCGCCUGGAGCCAAAUUGAGGCAAUUGAAAGAAUCGAAAGAGGCGAAACAGUUAGGGGACGAGAAGUUAUCCGAACUGUUCCUCACGAGAUUGAUGAAGGAAGCAACAACACCGGUACUGCCGGCGAAAACGGGAGGCCAUCCCCGCACUCUGUUACUGUUAACACUGGGCUAGAGCAUACAAGACCGGGAGGACCACAUCGACUCAUCCUGCAGGAUUGCAGAGGUACAAAGAUGAUAGCCAUUGAACUGAAGCCUCUUACACUAAAAAUCGGGGAAACAGCAAUUGGAACAAAAUUACUCCUCGCUAAUGCUACUGUUGCUCGUGGAAUGGCCCUUUUGGAACCAGAAUGUGUAACUAUUCUUGGGGGUAAAAUUGACACCUUGGACCGCGAAUGGAAAAUUGGGCGAAAAGCUAGACUGCUCUCAGCGCUAAAUCCUCCAGAUUUUACUAGUUAA